AAUGCAGUCAGCAGAAGAGGGACACGUCACCCCGGAGGAUCUACAACAUGAAGGAUUCCAGAAGAAACCAAUAAAAAUGGAAGAAGAUGAAGAUGAGGACGAUGAUUUCUUCUGUGAAGUCACUUUAAUCCCUGCGGAACAAGUCAUGGAACUCUUCUCCUCAGUGGACCAACAGUGUGGAGGUUUCCAGAUGAAGCCUGUGAAGAAGGAAGAACCUGAAGAUACAGAUGAACUCAACUUGGCAACCCUGAAUAUUUGGAGACACUCCCACAUGCAGUAACAAUGAGCAAAGAAGAGAAAAUGGUGGCAGAGACGCCAGAAGGUGGAGAUGCAGGUGGCCCCACGAGACCUGGUGGAAGAACCAGAGCAGGUCGUCCUAAAGGACCAGAGGAGUAAAGCAGUAGACAAGGUGGUUCUGGUUUUUGAGAUUGAGAUGAAGAAGUUAGAGCAGGUGGACCCAGUGGAAAAACCAGACAAGGUCAUGAAGAAGGUAGAGAGGCAGGUGGCCCCGCUGAACCUGGUUAAAGAACCAGAGCAGGUCAUCCUAGAGGACCAGUGGAUGGGACAUGUAAAAAAAUAAGAUUCGUUUCAUAGAGAAUGAGAUGAAGAAAGCAGAGAGGCAGAUGGUCCAGCUGAACCUGGUGGAAGAACCAGAGCUGGUCAUCCUGAAGGAGCAGGGGAAGGGACAUGUAAAAAAUAAGGUUUAUUUCAUAGAGAAUGAGAUGAAGAAGGUGGAGAUGCAGGUGGCCCCACGAGACCUGGUGGAAGAACCAGAGCAGGUCGUCCUAAAGGACCAGAGGAGUAAAGCAGUAGACAAGGUGGUUCUGGUUUUUGAGAUUGAGAUGAAGAAGUUAGAGCAGGUGGACCCAGUGGAAAAACCAGACAAGGUCAUGAAGAAGGUAGAGAGGCAGGUGGCCCCGCUGAACCUGGUUAAAGAACCAGAGCAGGUCAUCCUAGAGGACCAGUGGAUGGGACAUGUAAAAAAAUAAGAUUCAUUGCAUAGAGAAUGAGAUAAAGAAGGAGGAGAGGCAGAUGGUCCAGCUGAACCUGGUGGAAGAACCAGAGCUGGUCAUCCUGAAGGAGCAGGGGAAGGGACAUGUAAAAAAUAAGGUUUAUUUCAUAGAGAAUGAGAUGAAGAAGGUAGAGAGGCAGGUGGACCCAGUGGACACAGUGAAAAAACCAAAGCAGGUAGGAAAGAACCAGAUGGAGAACCAGGUGCUUCAGACGGACCAGAUGACGAAGGUGGAAGAACGGGUAGAUCAGGUAGGUUUGAAGAAUGAGGUUAAUAAACCUGAGGAGCAAGUGGGUCUACAGGACAGGCGGGUGGUUCUAGUGAACCUGGUGAAGGAACCAGAGAGGGAUGAAGCACCUGAGCACCAGUGGACAGAACUGGAGGAGCCAGCAGCUUUGGAGCACCAAAUAUGGAAACUAAAGGAGCAGAACCUGGAUAGAGGAUGCACUGAAGAUCCACUGAAGAACAUCUCCGAGGUGUCUUCAAACAAACCGGACCACGAGCAGCUGCAGGACGACGUUCUUGUUCCCCCCAUCAUUGAAGCCCAACCUGAAGAGUCUGGGGCUCUGAUGGAGAGCGUGUGUGAAGAUAAAGGUGUCCCGAUGCCGAAGUUGAGGAGAACCAGCCUGAGAACCAAACGGUUCCAGUUCUUCAACGUCUGAAGCUGAGGUGGUGACGAUCCGGAGAUCAUCCAAUCACACGCCGACUUUUCCAACAUCAAAAUAACAAUAAAGUGCCUUCAUGAA